UUCGCGUGGAGCAGAAUGGUAUGCUACGGCCCUGGAAAAAUAUCCUCCAGGAGGCGCUAAAAGCAAUGGAGGAAGCCGGUGAAUUUAGCUUUGCGGGAGGACAUCGGGAGUUUUGGCAACGGUUGGACCAGCAGAUGGCAAAGGUAUCGCAGAACGAUGAAGCCCUCGAAGUCGUGUUUCGUGACAUAGAACGAAUGAUGCUCCUCGGGCCAGAACAGCUUGCACUGGAAACCCUAACGGAACCCUUAAUCUCAACCUUCAGCGAAGCGCCCAUGGCGGUAGUCACUGCCACUCAAGUCAAACAAAAGCGCCGGCAUCGGAAACAAAACCAGACCAGCAACCCCAAUCGACCGAACGAGCAGUCAAUCCAAGGAUCACUGGGUAGCUCGUCUCCAAGUCACUUGCCGCAAAGCCUCAAGCUUCAGAAAUCAGACUUCUUACUAUCUUUGCGGAACGGCACCCGACGCACUUUUUCCUGGACCGAUUUCCGCACGGCUUUGUGCAGCGUAGGCUUCACGAUGGAGCCAGUCGGAGGUUCAGCUUUUCGCUUCGUACUCUUUGAGCCUCUGAGCAAACAGAAAUCGUCAAUUAUUUUUCAUAAACCACAUGGGAAGUCCAGUGAGGUGGCUCUAAGUCUCGGCCAAGCCCGACAAGUUUGGCUGAAGAGGCUUGAGAGACACUUCGGUCUCAAUAAAACCUGACAGCAUUGAGGAG